AUGAACACGCCACCUUCCUUGCCGGACCUCUCCUUGCAGAUCAGCCUUCCAAUGUCAACGAAGCCCAACCCACCAAGCUCAACCACCACGCAUUCUGGUUGCAGUGCAAAAAGUGAUUUGAGCCAUAAAAAUAAUCUGUUCCGCUUAGGGUUUGAAGUGGGAGAUAUGGGUCUUCUACAGCGUCAUCAUCAAGCAUGUAAUGUCCGUUGCCGCCGCGACUUCAAAAGAAGUGUCGGUGAUGUUGCGUACGGAGUAAAAAGAAGCCCCCGCGCUCCCAGAAUGAGAUGGACUACAACUUUACACGCUCAUUUUAUACACGCCGUCGAGCUUCUUGGUGGCCAUGAAAGAGCUACACCAAAAUCUGUAUUGGAGCUUAUGAAUGUCAAGGAUCUAACCCUCGCUCAUGUCAAAAGCCAUUUGCAGAUGUACAGAACAGUGAAGAACACUAUCAAGGGAACAGAUGAUUCUGGAAGGCCUGAGCUUGAACCAGAUGCUGUUGUUUUAUCUUCUUCUUCUUCAUCUUCGUCGUCGGCUUCUGCUCAAAACUCGAACUUUCAAUGGCGUCGUCUGCAGAGAAUCCAAAGAAGUAGUUUGGUAACGUCAAUGCACAAGAGUUGUGACAGGACCAAGUCAAACGGCGACGUUUUCGCUAAAUCCAGAGGAAUUAAGGUGGAAGGAAGCAACGGAGAUUAUGAGAAGGCAAUUGCCAUGCAGCGGAUUAAUUUAGAGUUCACUCUUGGAAGCCCAAGUUGGCAAUUGGAUUAUGGCGAUGCAAAUGAGCUUGCUCUUCUCAAUUGCUAA